AUGCGUGCCUAUACCAAUCCCAUCCUCCCGGGCUGGCACUCCGACCCGUCCUGCGUUUACGUGGCUGAGCAAGAAACGUUCUUCUGCGCGACUUCAACAUUCAUCGCGUUCCCUGGUCUUCCCCUCUACGCGAGCAAAGACUUAGUCCACUGGACACUCGCAAGCAAUAUUUUCAACCGCCCCAGUCAGAUCCCCAGUCUUGCCGUCACAGAGGAUCAGCAAGGCGGGAUCUAUGCGCCGACACUCCGCUACCGCGAUGGGAAAUUCUACCUCAUCGUCUCGUUCCUCGGUCCCAAUGUCGAAGGACUUGUUUUCACAUCGGACAACCCAUACGACGACGACAGCUGGAGCAAGCCAGUCGUCUUUCCAGUUCACGGAAUCGACCCGGAUAUCUUUUGGGAGGAGGACGGUCAAGUCUACGUGACGUCGGCUGACAACAACCAGAUCCAGCACUACACCCUAGAUCUAGCAACUGGUGAAAUCGGCCCUGUAACGUACCUCUGGAAUGGGACGGGCGGCGCAUACCCUGAAGGACCUCACCUGUUCAAGAAAGCGGACGGGUACUAUUACCUUCUGAUUGCCGAAGGGGGUACAGAGACAAACCACUCAGCUACAAUGGCUCGGUCGAGGAACCGAACCGGACCCUGGGAGCCUUGUCCGGCCAACCCGAUCCUGUCGAACCGGAAUACGACCCGGUAUUUUCAGACGGUGGGACAUGCUGAUCUGUUCCAGGACGGCCAGGGCCACUGGUGGGGAGUUGCCCUCUCUACCAGAUCAGGCCCAGAAUGGGUGAACUACCCGAUGGGAAGGGAGACCGUCCUCACUUCUGGGACCUGGGAGGACGGGGAGUGGCCAGUGCUUGAGCCUGUGAACGGGAUCAUGAAAGCUCCUUUGCCAGCGAAGCAAGAGCUAAAGAACCCAAUCAAUCGGCCGGAACAUCUCACCUUUGCGCCUGGAACCGAAAUCCCAAAACAUCUGAUGUACUGGCGUUUCCCUGAAGAGUCGAGCUACGUUGUCUCCCCGGCAGGCCACCCGCACACACUUCGUCUGACACCGUCCGCCUAUGGGCCUUCGUAUAAUCCUGCCUCUGUCACGGAUCCGAUCACCUUCAUUGCGCGGCGCCAGACAGACACGCUCUUCUCCUUCAGCGUGGACCUGACCUUCUCUCCGAGUUCACCGGGCGUCGAGGCAGGGAUUAGCCUGUUUCUCACACAGGAGCAGCACGUUGAUGUCAGCAUUGUCGAUAUUGCUCGUUCUUCCUCUUCGCCUGCCAGAGUUCUUCAGCUUAAGACGUACGGAAGGGGGAACUAUAACGGGUCGCUGUCGAACGCCACCGUGGAAAUCCCGAAACAGUGGGUAGACCGAACUGUCACCCUUUCGUUGGAAGCUGUCGACGAUACGACGUAUGAGUUUUCUGCUUCAUUGGCAUCUGGGCCGAAAGAGAGGGUUUACGUUGGCUCUGCCGAUGCGAGGAUUCUGUCUGGGGAUACCGGCCGGUUCACAGGAACUCUGGUCGGUGUUUAUGCUUCCCGAGCCGGGCAUCCGGGUGGCAAUAGAACCGACUUUGCGUAUUUUAGCAACUGGAAGUAUGAAGGAUUGGGACAAAAGGUCGAUUAUGAUGUGGUAGUGCCUAGUUACUGA